GCUGCGCGGCUCGCUGUGUGCCGCCCAACUUGCGCCAAAAGCACGACCACCGCAUCUCCAAUUAAAAAAAAUAAUAAAAAAAUAAAAACUCCCCGUUCGAGGCGUAUUCCAUUCCAGAAGAAUACGGGUUUAAAUUAAAAUAAACAUGGCGUGCUGUACGCGUUCGCCGCGACCCUGGCCGAUCUAGCGACCGUCUCAAUAUGUUUCUCCGAGAUUGGACUUAAGUUUUAUGAAUAGUGUUAGUUGAUUUCUUGUGUGCACUGUGUGGUGGGAACGUGUGUUUUAGCCCUAAUUGAUUUUAAUGAAUACCCUGUGGGACCAAGCCGAUCGAAAGCAGCCACAUUCUAUGAAAAAUCCUAUAUUUAAAUUUUUAUCUAAAACUAAACCUAAUCAAAUCUAAUAUUAAAGACUGCCUUAAGUUUCAGAAAAAAUCCUAACGUAUCAAUUCUAAACUUGUACGUAACGUAUUAUUCUAAAAUAGAUAGGUUCCGUAUUACGUAUGAAAAUAAAUGACUAGUGAUUAUUAUAUUAAAUAUUCGUAUGAUAUUCAUAUUAGAUAGGAAGUGGAGGGUCUGGUUCAACAGAGUGAUAUCCUACAGAUCAAAAUGAAUGCCACAGAAGGUGGUGGCGAAGAUGUGGCAGCAACUCCAACCACACCAGCGGCAAACCCCACGCCAGAUGCCGGGCCCCUUAUACCAGUACCCGUAGCUCCACGCAAGCCUGCUCGACGAGGGCCGAAGGUGCAGCAAGAGAGACCGAAAAGAGCUCUCUUUUGCCUUACCCUCAAGAAUCCGCUAAGAAAAUUGUGUAUAGAUAUCGUAGAAUGGAAACCGUUCGAAUGGAUGAUACUUACAACGAUUUUUGCAAACUGUAUAGCAUUGGCCGUCUACACUCCGUAUCCUGCAAGCGAUUCAAACUACACGAACUGGGUUUUGGAAAAAAUCGAAUACAUAUUUCUCGUGAUAUUCACGGGCGAAUGUGUAAUGAAGAUCAUUGCGUACGGCUUCGUCAUGCAUCCUGGCUCAUAUCUUCGGAAUGGUUGGAAUUUGCUCGACUUCACAAUCGUUGUUAUUGGUAUGGUGAGCACAGUACUAUCUAGUAUCUUCAAAGAUGCGUUCGACGUGAAAGCGCUGCGAGCAUUUCGUGUCUUAAGACCCUUGAGACUAGUGUCAGGCGUUCCCAGCUUACAAAUCGUUUUGAAUUCUAUCUUGAAGGCAAUGGUACCGCUACUUCACAUCGCGUUGCUGGUUAUCUUCGUCAUCAUAAUAUACGCCAUCAUCGGUCUCGAAUUGUUCUCGGGCAAGAUGCAUAAAACGUGUUACAACAGACUAACAGAUGAAGUCAUGGAUAAUCCUCAUCCAUGUGACUUGGAUAAUGGUUUCAACUGUUCCAUGAUUGGCGAAGAAAUGGAGUGCAGGGAAGGUUGGAUCGGCCCCAACUUCGGUAUCACGAAUUUCGACAACUUCGGUCUGUCUAUGCUCACUGUCUUCCAAUGCAUCACUUUAGAGGGCUGGACAGAUGUCAUGUAUAAUAUCCAAGACGCGAUGGGGAACAGUUGGGAAUGGAUAUACUUCGUAUCUAUGGUCAUAUUGGGAGCAUUUUUCGUUAUGAACCUAAUUCUCGGUGUGUUGUCUGGAGAAUUCUCCAAAGAAAGAGAGAAAGCGAAAAACCGAGGAGAUUUUCAGAAGUUAAGAGAAAAACAGCAGUUAGAAGAAGAUCUUAAAGGUUAUCUGGACUGGAUUACGCAGGCUGAAUACCUUGAACCUCUCGCAGAUCAACACGAUACAGUAGACCAGAAGAGAGAUUAUGUCAUUGGUAACUUAAUAGGUCAGAACCAAACAGAAAACGAUUCAACGGACCACUUAGGUAUAGAACCAGUCGAGCAACAGAAAAUUUCAAUUGGUAAAUUGUGGAAGAAAGACUUCGAUAAGGCGAACCGUCGUAUGAAGCGUGCGUGUCGACGCGCCGUGAAGUCGCAGACCUUCUACUGGCUAAUCAUUGUACUCGUGUUUCUCAACACCGUCGUGCUGGCCAGCGAGCACUACCAACAGCCAACAUGGCUCGAUCACUUUCAAGAAUAUGGAAAUGCUAUGUUCGUAGCACUUUUUACAUUGGAGAUGUUAGUCAAAAUGUACAGUCUAGGUUUACAGGGCUACUUCGUGUCACUAUUCAACCGGUUCGAUUGCUUCGUGGUGGUGGGCUCCAUCAGCGAGAUGGUGCUGACGAAGAGCGAGCUGAUGCCGCCGCUCGGCGUGUCGGUGCUGCGUUGCGUGCGCUUGCUGCGCGUCUUCAAGGUUACCAAGUACUGGCGUUCGCUGUCUAACUUGGUGGCGUCUCUGCUCAACUCGAUCCAGUCCAUCGCGUCCCUACUGCUUCUACUUUUCCUCUUUAUCAUGAUCUUUGCGCUGUUGGGCAUGCAGGUUUUUGGUGGGAAGUUUAACUAUGACCCUGUGGAGGAAAAAGAUCGGCACAAUUUCGAUUGUUUCUGGCAAGCGUUGCUUACGGUUUUUCAGAUAUUAACAGGUGAAGACUGGAAUGCGGUGAUGUACGAAGGAAUCAAGGCAUAUGGUGGUGUCGGCACCUUUGGUAUACUUGCCUGCAUCUACUUCAUCAUACUAUUUAUUUGCGGCAACUACAUUCUACUGAACGUCUUCUUGGCCAUUGCUGUUGACAACUUGGCUGAUGCAGAAUCAUUGACUAACAUUGAAAAAGAAGAAGGUCAGGGCGCAGAAGAGAAAGAAGAAGAUCCAGAAAAAGUAGAAGGCGCACUUGCAGAUACCGAUGAUGAAUAUAUUCACGACGACGAUGCCUACACCACUGAUAACUCUGAAAGGGACUACGAAGAAACUGGAUCGGAAGGUGAGCAGCAAGAAGAAAUAGAAGUAGAUGCAGAAGAUGCUGAAAUUGAUGAGGAAAAUGAAGAAAGAAUCGAGGAAGAACAAGAAGCGGAAGAAAUGGAGAAUCAUCAAAGAAACCAUAUAGUGAACACAGAGUUCGAGGACGAGCCGCGCUUGAAACGUAAGCCGACGACGUCCUCGGCGCGGCCGCGGCGCCUGUCGGAGGUCGACAUCCGGGACUCGGCCAAGCCGAUCCCUGAUGCUACCUCCUUCUUCAUAUUUUCAAAAGACAACAGGUUUCGUGUAUUCUGCUAUAAGAUGUCAGCAUCUUCGACAUUUGGGAAUAUCAUCCUGGUGUGCAUCAUGCUGUCCUCUGCCAUGUUAGCAGCAGAGGAUCCUUUAGACGCCGCCCAAAAAGGGUUCAGGAAUUGGUUACUGAGUCAAUUCGACAUAUUCUUCACUGGCAUCUUCACGUUGGAGCUGUUCUUGAAGCUAGUGACAUACGGCCUCAUUUUGCACGAAGGUGCCUUCCUGCGCUCCGCCUUCAACGUACUCGACAUGCUGGUUGUUUGCGUCUCCCUUAUCUCAAUGAGCUUUAAGUCUGGGAGUAUAUCCGUGGUGAAGAUAUUGCGAGUAUUCAGGGUGCUGAGGCCUCUAAGAGCCAUCAACAGGGCCAAAGGCCUUAAGUAUGUGGUGAAAUGUGUGAUAGUAGCAAUUAAGACAAUAGGAAAUAUAAUGUUAGUUACAUAUUUGUUACAAUUUAUGUUCGCUGUCGUCGGUGUACAGUUGUUUAAGGGUAAAUUUUUUAGGUGUAACGAUAUUUCUAAAAUGACAAAAGAUGAGUGUCAGGGAACUUAUUUAGUAUUCGAAAAUCGUAAUUACGUAGUUAGAGACAGAGAAUGGAAACGGAAUGACUUUCAUUUUGAUAAUGUUAUGAAAGGGAUGCUCACCCUCUUCACUGUAUCCACUUUUGAAGGAUGGCCAGGGUUAUUGUAUGUAUCUAUAGACUCGAACGCAGAGGAUCGUGGUCCUAUUACUAACUUCCGUCCAAUUGUUGCAGCAUAUUAUAUUAUUUACAUUAUUAUAAUUGCCUUCUUUAUGGUAAAUAUAUUCGUCGGUUUCGUCAUAGUGACAUUCCAAAAUGAGGGUGAGCAGGAAUACAAGAACUGUGAAUUAGAUAAGAAUCAAAGAAAUUGUAUAGAAUUCGCCUUGAAAGCUAAACCUAUUAGAAGAUAUAUACCGAAGCACCGAAUCCAGUACAAAGUGUGGUGGUUCGUCACCUCUCAACCUUUUGAAUACGCGAUCUUCGUCCUCAUCAUGAUAAACACUAUCACCCUCGCCAUGAAGUACCACAACCAGCCCCACGAGUAUAGCAAGGCCCUCGACUUACUCAACAUGAUAUUCACUGCGGUCUUUGCUCUUGAAUUUAUCUUCAAAUUAGCUGCAUUUCGAUUCAAGAACUAUUUCGGAGACGCGUGGAACACGUUCGACUUCAUCAUCGUUUUAGGUAGCAUCAUCGACAUCGUCGUCUCACAAGUAAACGAACUCAAAAAUCAGGGAAGUGGAUUGCCAAGAGCACACGUUGUUAAGGAAAGUUCGAUCCCGUCUAUAAACUUCUUCCGUUUGUUUCGUGUGAUGAGACUCGUCAAGUUGUUGUCUCGUGGAGAAGGCAUUCGCACCUUACUCUGGACAUUCAUCAAAUCCUUCCAAGCGCUGCCUUAUGUUGCUCUAUUGAUCUUGAUGCUGUUCUUCAUUUAUGCGGUGGUUGGGAUGCAAGUGUUUGGAAAAAUCGCAAUAGACGACGAUACGCCUAUCACACGAAACAACCACUUCCAGACUUUUCCGCAAGCCAUAUUGGUUUUGUUUCGAUCUGCUACUGGUGAAGCUUGGCAAGAUAUAAUGAUGGGAGUAUCACCGGAGCCUGAAGUGCGCUGUGACCGCAACUAUGAUGAGGAGGGUGAGGAGGACAGCAGCGGUUCAUGUGGCAGCGUGCUCGCCUUUCCCUACUUCAUUUCAUUUUAUGUGCUUUGCUCCUUUCUCAUUAUUAAUUUAUUCGUCGCUGUCAUUAUGGAUAAUUUCGACUAUUUAACCAGAGACUGGUCAAUAUUGGGACCACACCACUUAGAUGAAUUUAUAAGGUUAUGGAGUGAAUACGACCCUGACGCUAAGGGACGAAUAAAACAUUUAGAUGUAGUCACAUUAUUAAGAAAAAUAAGUCCUCCUUUAGGUUUCGGCAAGCUGUGUCCUCACCGCGUGGCGUGCAAGCGUUUGGUCUCCAUGAACAUGCCCCUUAAUUCAGAUGGAACAGUUCUCUUCAACGCCACACUCUUCGCCGUCGUGCGAACUUCGCUUAAGAUCAAAACUGAUGGCAAUAUAGAUGACUGCAAUACGGAACUUCGAGCGGUUAUCAAGAAAAUCUGGAAGCGAACCUCUCCCAAACUUCUCGACCAGGUAGUACCACCACCUGGAGACCCUAACGAGAUCACCGUUGGAAAGUUCUACGCCACCUUCCUCAUACAGGACUACUUCAGAAGGAAUCACGCGUUCAAAAAGCGUAAGGAGCAAGAGAUGAGACAAAGCGACGAACAGAGUCACCAAAUGACUUUGCAAGCUGGCUUGAGGACGCUGCAUGAAGCUGGACCGGAACUAAAACGAGCUAUAUCGGGCACUCUAGAUGAAAUUGUUGCUGAUAAUGAUAUUCCCAUGCAUAGGAGAAACCAUUCGUUAUUUGGGGGAGUGUGGUCAAGCAUACGCAGACAUGGUCCUAACCGGCAGUUUCAUAGACACAGGAAACAUGGAGAAGCACCUCCUGUAGAAGGUGUAGGUAACCAUUUGAGUUCAAUGAUGCAGCGUGAAUACGGAAUGGCUGCAGUGCCACUGGCGCCCAACUUAGCUAACGGACAACCGAAAGAACAAAUACCUUUGAGGCCUCUUAUAUUCAACGGCGAGUCGGAGAAGAUUUACCAGGUGCUCGACAAUCAAAAGUCGAACUACCCAGAGAUGCUCGGACAGAUAGGUCUCGCGUUCGGAUGCGUCAACUACCUCUCGACGCCGGAGACGUCCGGAGCCAAGUCGACCUCGCCGUCGAGGCAGAAGAUCCACCCGGAGGGGGAGGGCAAGCUCACCCUGCCCCGCAAGGCGUCCCCCGAGGACCGAACGCCGUCGCCCGGCGAGACCAUAGCGCCGAAGAUCUCGCUGCUGCUGGCGCGCGAGUGCACGCCGGCGGAGUCGCGGCCGAUGACGCUCUACGGGUACAACGCGGCGGCGCGCCUGCCCUUCGCGUUCUCGCACGCGCGCGCGCGCCGCAGCCUGCGCGCCGCGCCCGCGCCCGCGCCGCCAGGUCGGAUGGUGCGCAGCGCCUCCUCGGGCGCGCGCGCCCCGCUUGUAGCCCCGCCGCACCCAGGAGGCGAUAGUUCCGGACGCGGCGUGGUAUCGCUUCCCGGAAGCCCUCGGAACAGCUCAUCAGUGCCCGUUGUUGGUUCCGCGGAGAGCCUGGUCACGAGGGUACUGGCCGAACAAGGCUUAGGCGUUUACUGUGAUCCAGAAUUCGUAAGAAAUACUUCAAGAGAAAUGCAGGAGGCACUUGAUAUGACCCAAGAACAAAUGGACAGAGCGGCGCACCAACUAAUGAUACAAGAGAGAAAUAUAAAACAAGUUCAGAACCAACAAGCCCAAGUGGGUAACUUUUGGGGUGUUGUAGGGCGAGAUCCUAGCCCGUCAGUACCAUCCCUACCACCAGCCAGCCAUGCCGCCGCCGACCAAGCGGUUAUAGCACCAACACAAAAUGGCGUCAAGAAUGGCGUCGACAAAUGUCAUCCUCAGCAUAGACGAAAACGAAAACGCAAGCCGGUGCUUGUUUAGACAAUUUAAAAACAUACCUUGCGUUGUUAAUUUUACACUUUAAACAAAAAAAUAUGCUCAAUUGUUUCUCAUAUACCUUCGUAUCAUAGAUCUUAGCCUUUUUGGCAAUUUAAGUAGAUACUUGAACAGAAGGAUCAAAUACUAGGUACUACAGUAAAUACUGAAUUUCUUGAAUUGUGACUAACACAGUUAAAAGUGAGAUUUGUAGUUCAGUAGGUAUUUUAUAGUAAUAGAUAAUAAGAGCCUGGUGUAAUAUUAGUCUAAGAUUAUUGGGUAUUACUCUUUUUACCGUGAUCAUUAUAAUUAUAGCUUACGGCUUAAAUAAAAUAUUCGCUGGAUUUAAUAGUUGGUACUGACACUGAGGACAAUUUAGAACAAUAUUAAUAUUGUUCAGAAAAUUUAGAAUGAGUAUUUAAACAAAUAAAGAAAAAGCAGUUUUAAUGUGUUAAAAUAUAAAA